AUGGGCCCCCAGGGGGCCCCCCACAUGGGCCCCCAGACGGCUCACCAUAGGGGCCCCCAGAAGGGCCCCUAUGGAGGCCCCCAGGGGGGCCCACAGGGUGGCCCCCACUGGGGCUCCCGCAUGCAUGAGGCCUCAGGCAAGAGAGGGGUGUCUCUGAGCAACCAUGGGUGGCAUGUGGAGGCGGAGAUGCUGCCUGCUGACUUCAGUUUGCUGCCGACGACAUAUAUGCUGCAGUGGCAGCUGUUGGAGACAGAGGAGACACCUGAGGGGGUCCCCUCAUCUACUGCUGCUGCUGCUGCUGCUGCUGCUGCUGCUGAAAGGAGACACCUAGAAGAUACAGCCCCAGAGGAAUCUGAUGCAGACCUCAGGCUGCACCUGCAGGCGUCAUCGGAUGUCUCUCGGCUCUGCAGCCAGCCUUGCCCUGAGUCUAGUUCUUGCGCGAUAACAGAGCGUCUGGAUGGGUUCGCAGUGCUGGGGUGUCGCUGCGCUUGGGGGUUUGUUGGGGCUGCAUGCGAGGUGGAGUUUGGCUGCAGCAUACCUCAGCGCUUGUAA